UAGGUCAGCAUUGCUUCAAUCUCGAAACCUGCACUUACAUUACUUUAAUGUUCUAAAUAUUAGUCGUGGCGUGACAAAUGUAUUUCCAUUUCAGCGAGGCAGUGAAACAGCAAGGACUUGACGACGAGAAAAUGAUUUUUAGACUAUUGUUUGCCAUCAGCCUGUUGACAUUUACGAGGGCGGACUACGAAUGUGUGUGCAACUACAAUGUGGAACUGGAAGUGAAAGAUCACGAUAACGGUCACGGGGCUACACUCGGGUACAUGUAUGAGUUUGACUGCAAACCGAAAGUUUCUGGGUCCGAGCAUGCAACGAUGUAUGAAAUCAUGUUCGAAGGAAAGAUUGGCUUCGUCAGUUCAGAGGGUGGCAACGUGCAGUCACAGACUUGUCCGGGAGCUAUUUCGGCAGCUGAUCUAGUCACCACUACCGUGAAAACAACGAGACAGCAUACUAAAACAACCAUAACCAGCACAGCAGUUACUACUUCUACAACUACUACAACUACAACAACCCCGAAGCCAACAACUAUAGCAACUACUACUACAACGCCAAGUACAACCACUACAACUACACCGAAGCCAACAACACCAACUACUACCACUACUACGCCACAACCGACAACAACAACAACUACUACUACUACUUCUUCAAUUCCAACUACCACCACUACUACUACACCGACGCCCACAGCAACAACUACUACCACGACUACGCCGCUACCGACAACAACAACAACAACUACUACUACUACUACCACAACUACUACUCCGACACCAACCUCAACUCUUACCACCACAUCAACUACAACUGCACCUACUCCCACAACUAUUACUUCUACGAUAACUAGCACUACUUCUGUUCCGGAGGGUCGAAUUGACUUAUGUCCGGACCAUGUAAAAAAUGAUAUGGACAUAUUUGGUGGAUUCCUGGGGCAGUAUGGUGAAUAUUGUUUGCAAUUUGUGAACGUGCAAACGCAAUGGCACAAUGCACAACGUCACUGCACCGUUGCUGGUCACGGGAUGUUGAUAGAAAUCCAGGACAGAUUAAAACAGGACUACAUCGUUCGGUUACUUGCUAAACGCCCAAAUGUGACGUCUAUAUGGAUCGGUUUGACCGACUCAGAGACGGAAGGAGCCACUGCAGAGGGACAGUGGAAAUGGGCCUCAGGAAAUCUUAUAAGCUACACUAACUUCGGACCAGACUACACGGGUCAAACCGCUGCCAACCACAAACUGAACGAUUGUGUGGUCAUGAAACAGGGUGGGGAGUGGACAGACGUACCAUGUGGAGUGUCCCUGAUUAUUGGAACAGGGUUUGGGGAGAGACAUUACUUCAUCUGCCAGUACAAUGUGACCUCCACACAUUUAAACAUUUUGCACGAAUUAGGCACGGCGCUCGUUGGCUGAUUGUAAACGCUUGAUAUUUUGUAUAAUCAGUGGUUAUAUUUGUGUGCUUAUGUGGAGAGUUCAUUGUUAACAACUUAAAAUAAACCAUUGAAAUAUUAA